AUGUUAGAGGCUGCUCUAAAAUUUCAAAAGGCAUUUGAGUUGCUAGAAACUGUGGAUAGCAAAUAUGUCGAAGAGUUAACUCCACAAAGUGAGAAUGAUACUCGUAGGAGUUCUAAGGUGAGGGGUGUGCCAACUGAAAUGGAUUGGGAGUAUGCAAAAGAUUUGUUGCCUUUUCUUCAAAUUUUUUAUGAUUCUACUGUGAAAAUGUCAGGCUCACGUUAUGUGACAGGAAAUGUAUAUAUGAAUGAAAUUUUUGGCAUUGGUGGUCUUCUUAAUUCAUUUCAAGAAAGUGAUGACUUUGGUUUGUCAACUAUGGUUGGGAAUAUGAAGAAAAAAUAUGAUAAAUAUUGGGAUAAUGUGGAAAGGAUUAACAUAUUGAUUCUGAUUGCUGUUGUUCUUGAUCCCCGGCAUAAACUAAGUUAUGUUCAAUGGGCAAUUGAUGAGGCAUAUGAUCCUAAGAAUGCGAAAAUGUUAAAAGUUAAGGCGGAAAAGGUGUUACAUUCCCUAUUUGACUUUUAUUCUGCUGAAAAAUCACCUCAUAAGGAAGUAAUAAGUCAUAAUCAGUUUAGGGAAAUGGAUAAAAUGGAUGUUGAUGCAAUUACAGUUAAAGGGGCAUCAGAUUACAUGCAUGCAAAGUAUUCUCAAAAAGCUGAUACAUUAGAUAGCACUCACAAUAAAACGGAAUUGGACAUCUAUUUGAUGAAAAUGAAGGAAGAUUUUCACUGUCCAAACUUUCACAUAUUGGAUUGGUGGAGAGAUAAUGCUCAUAGGUUCCAAAUUCUUGCUGCAAUUGCUAGAGAUGUAUUAGCUAUUCCGAUGUCUACUGUUGCCUUCGAGUCUGCUUUUAGUACGGGAGGCCGUGUGUUGGAUUCUUUUCGAAGCUCUUUAACUCCAAGAAUGGUGGAGGCUAUAAUUUGUGGACAAGAUUGGCUUCGCAAGGGUAUUCAACCAAUUGAUUUGGAAGAAAGUAUAACUGAACUUGAAGAAAUGGAAUCAGGUUUGACAGUGGAGCAUUCUAUUAUUAAUAUUGAAGAUUGA